CAGCGGCAAAAAUCCCUUCCCCUGCCAAACCUCUUCUACCUCCUACUUCUCCUUUCCGUCCUCAGCUGACGGCACGCAGCCGCCCCUAACGGCGUUCCAGCCAUCUCCGUGUCGUCUAGUAGCGCCACAGCGACGGCCUUGCGCCGCGUCUAAGUUGCCAUCGCCCCCACUUCUGCCGCAUCAGACUCCGUCGCCGUCGCCCAGCAACUGUCGCUGCAUCGUAUCAACCCUAUAUGAACUGUGAUCUCUUGGAGUUGCAAAUCGCUGAUUUGAUUCAAAAUCUCAAUUUUCUCAAUGACAAGCACUGAGGCACGGUCGAAAGCUUGUCCUCAAGUGGUAAAAUUGGAAAAGGCACUAAAAAUAGCCGAAGCAUGGGUGAAUAAUAUGACUGGAUCAGCUACAGAUGAAUCAGCAGAAGUCGAAUUGGAGGGUCGUCCUUCCAGGCUAGGACUGGGGGCCAAAAUUACACCCAAGUCGAAAGUUGCAGUUUCAACUGAUCCUGUUGAAAGGAAAUUGCAUGCUAAGUUGGAAGGUGGGAAAAAAAGAGCUGCCAAAAUUCAAGAAGAGUCCAACACAGCCGAGAAAAAUGAAGAACAUAGUGAUGAUGAAGACGGUGAUCCAGAGAGCAGAACAAAUGCUUUCGUCAAGAAGAAAGCAAUAUUUGUGGCCACAUCUUUGCAGCCAAAGAAGAAACACAAGUGAAAUUCUGUUAACUGAAUUAAUGAGGUGUGUUUCUAGUCUUUGUUAAAUUCAAUGCAGUUUCCUUUGUUAUGUCAGGGUAUUAUUAAAUAGUAGCCAAUCUGUAACACUUCCAUUAUUAACAAUUUUAGAUGAGCAGCAUGCUACUUUCAGAUGUA